CAAUGCGAGCAUUUGACAAUUGUUCACUAAUCAACGAUAAGUCGGUCGCGCUGGAACGUAGAGUUGCCUUCGCAGCUUAUACUGUGUCAUAUCAAUUUAUAGACAAAGUCUGCAGGACUCUAAAAACAAUUAAACAUGGACAUGGACUUAAGUAAAGCAACUUAUGAGACCAAUCAUCCUGAGAUUAUGGCGACUCCUUGGUUUAUGUUUGCUGUCCUGGGCAUAUAUUUAUUUGCCAUUACCAAAUUGUUGCCAGAGGUUAUGGAAUUCCGCAAGCCAUUCGAACUGAAAAAGUUGAUCAUAGUCCAUAACAUAGUGCAGGUCGUUUCAUGCAUAUAUGUUGUCCAUGAGAUUCUGCACAUAACUGAGGGUUUAAUCAUAUACUUCUGGAAAUGCAGCAUAUUAGAACAGACACCACAACGCAUGAAACGUCACUUUAGUUUGGCAUAUUUCCUAUUCUGGCUGAAAAUCUCGGAGCUGAUGGAGACAAUUAUAUUUGUGCUACGCCGUAAGCAAAAUCAGGUCACCAAGCUGCACAUCUUCCAUCACAUAUCUACAGUAACGCUAAUUUAUAUGCUUAUUAAUCAUAAUGAGACAAAUGGCUGUGAUGCACUAUUCCCUAUAUUAAUGAACUCAUUCGUACAUAUUAUUAUGUAUUCAUAUUAUUUAAUUGCCGCAGUGGCAGACAAGAGCAUUGUGCGUGCUCUGAUGCCAGUGAAGAAGUCGAUCACAGUUAUGCAGAUGGUGCAGUUUACAAUAAUGUUGAUACAUUCAAUGCUGGUCUUGAUGAAUUGCGGUGUGGACACAAAGGUAUUCAUUUACUUUAUAUGUGUAAUUGUGCUCAUGUUCUAUGGAUUCUACGAUUUCUAUAAGAACACCUACAACAGCUCUAAGCGCAGCAAAAGUGACCAAAGCUUAGCUGAGCAAUAAGAAUAAUAAUCCUAAUAAAAAUAAACACUUUAUGUAAAGCUGGAAAAUUAGUACGCUUAGGAUCCGUAGGAUCCAAUUUCCAUUCGAAAUUAAUUUUAAAUUUCAACGAUUUAAUAAUAACUAAAUUUGUUAAAAACAAGAAAAUAAAUAACAAACAUUUUCUCAGCUGUUAGAGCUUAAAAUACAA